GAGGAGGGUCAGUGGAGAUCUGCCCCCUAAAAUGGAGGAGAUGAGGGCCAGCCAGGCUCCCCUUUGUCCCCUGGAGCCCAGACCCUGAGGAAGGAGGAAGAAAGGGCAGAAUCAGGAGGAGAGGCCUUGAUAUUUGGCUGCAGUUUGGCCAGUCUUUUUCUUGAGGAGAGAGAAGACAAAAGAAAUGCUUCAACUUCAGGUAGUAUCUGCCUAGGAGCACCAUUCAAAAUCUGGAAAAGGAGGGUUCCAAAUCAAGAAAGCUUCCCUCGUCUGUUCAGGUGCAGAGCAGAGGAGAGUUCAGGGAAAGAGGAGCCAUGAAGAAGGAGGGUCAGGAGGAGAAGCCGCUCUGUCCAGAGGGUCAGUGCCAGUCCUUCAGGCAGUUUCUCUAUGAGGAGGCUGAGGGGCCCCGAGGGAUUUGCAGCCGACUCUCCAGUCUUUGCCAUCAGUGGCUGAAGCCAGAAAGGCACACCAAGAGUCAGAUGCUGGACCUGGUGCUCCUGGAGCAGUUCCUGGCCGUCCUUCCCCCAGAGAUGGCCAGCUGGGUCAAGGAAUGUGGGGCAGAGACCAGUUCCCAGGCGGUGGCCCUGGCCGAAGGCUUCCUCCUGAGCCAGGCAGAGGAGCAGAAGCAGCAGGACAAGCAGCAGGACCUGUUUGGAGAAAAUACCAUUGAAUUCUUGGAGGCAGAGAAGAUGUCCUUAGACUCCACACAGAGGGCGCAGUCUAUGCAGAUCCCACAGAAGGGCUCAGGAAAGGCCAUCUCUUUGGGAGAUGAAAGACUGCCAGGACCAAGAACUAUUGACUCAGCUCUUAAUUCUGAUACUUCUGAGAGCCUCGAUCAGGUAACUUUUGAGGAGGUGACUGUGUCUUUCAAUGAGGACGAAUGGGCCUUGCUGGAUCCAAACCAAAGGGCCCUUCACAGGGCAGUCAUGGAGGAGAAUUUGGCAAUCCUGGUCUCUCUGGGCGGUGAUGGACACGAGAGAGUGAACAUAAGAGAAUCAAAUAUGUCUUUAGAGGAAAGAGCGAAGUGUCACAUAUUUCAAUUUCAACAGAAGAAAGAGAGAGGAAGUAAAAUCAACAUUCAAGAAAAUAAGGUGAAUCAAGCUUCUGCUUCUCAGGCUGGAAAUUUCUGUGGAAGUUUCUUCCAAGAAAAAAGACAGAAAGGAGAAGAACAGAGUAAAUGUAUUUAUCUUGAAUGUGGGAGGAGCCCCAGUUGUAAAGAAAGCCUUGCCCUUCACCAGGAAAUUCAUGUACUGUAGAAAGAAUUUACACACAAAAAAGAAAAAGUGAGUUCUCAGGGUGUGAAGAGACAUUAAGGUGGAGAUCAUAUCAAAGCCCUG